UUUGUAUGAUGUAAGAUAAAUAGGAGUAGCUCACUAAAUUAUUUCCGAUUCCUGCAAUGAAAAUGAGCGAGAUUCUGAUUCUUCCUUUUCUUUCUCUCCCCUUUAUAGAGAAUCAUCAACAGAAGAAAAACGAAAAGUGACGUUUCAUAUACCGACGAUAUUUUAUUUUGACUCUGUAUAUUUAGAAUAUGCUGGACAUGUCAUAAUGUAUUCAAAAGUCGAAUUAAAUCCCCCGUCGAUUAGACAACCGAAGAAAAAUAAGUUGAAAACGAUUUUAAUCGCGAUACCUAACUCUGUAGAAUUUCGCAACUGUGAAUCGAAUAAAUUAUACCGGAAAGUUAUCAUGCUACAAAAUGUGAGCACUUCUUCAGCUAGAUUUCAACUGGUGGCAAGACCUAGUUCCCGAUUCACCAUUAUGAUCAAGUCUAAAGGACAAACGGGAAAUAUUCCUCCAGGAAUGUAUAUAAAAUUAAUUGUUUUUUUUCGUUGUGAUAUUUUAAAUGAGCCCGAAGAAAUGUUAGUAAUAAAUGUGCAACAAGGACGUUCGGUAAUUGUUACAUUACGUGGAUAUCGAGAACCACCAUUAUUGAGAGUGAUUAGUAUUCCAUAUUCCCAAUAUCCAUCAAAAAAUCUACAAACAAUGGUAAGAAACAUGGAAAUUCCAUUUCGACAAACAAAUUCCUGCGCGGAGUUUACCGAUAUCAGUAGCAAUGCAGAUAUAUCCACAGAAAAUGUGACACGAUAUAGAAAAUUAAAGAGCUUUGAUUGUGGGAAGUGUCUUGUAGGUGAACAAACUACCUUACCCCUGAAAAUUAAAAAUGUUGGCAGCGAGGGAAGAUUCUUCAUUAUGAGCGAAAUUGAUUGGUGUUCGAUGCAUAUUGAGGAUGUUGAUAAUAACAAUAUGCUAAUUUUACCAUCUUUUGCUAUGUGGCCCGUACAUUUUACGCUCAAAUCGCAAGAAUAUAUAUAUCUCUAUAUCUGCUUCUUUCCCGAUGCUGAUGGAAUGCAUGUAAAUCAUAAUUCAAAAAGAUCUAUCUUCUACAUUUUUUUCUUGUUAGAUAAUUUCCUCUUCUCCUCCUCUCACUCUGACUUUUUUCCAUUCUUUUUUCUUUGAAAUUAGGUAGAACAUUGUACGCAAUUUGCAACAAUUGU